AUGUUCGAACGUAAAAGAUAUGGAAAAUUUGGCCCAAUUGUUGGAGCGAUCGAUGAAGGAACAAGUAGUACUAGAUUUUUAGCCUUUGCUGCAGAUACUUCUGAAGUUUUAACAUUUCAUCAAAUUGAUAUUCCUCAAAAAUGUCCUCAAGAAAAUUGGGUCGAACAGGACCCCAUGGAUAUAUUAGAUGCUGUUAGAGAAUGUAUUGAAAAAACUAUUUAUAAUUUAAGAAAAUUAGAUAUUAAUCCUAAUGAUGUUGUCGCUAUUGGUAUUACUAAUCAAAGGGAAACAACUAUUUUGUGGGAUAAACUCACUGGAAAGCCUCUAUAUAAUGCUAUUUUAUGGUUAGAUAUGAGAACUUCUUCAACAGUAGAUAAAGUUUUACUUAAAGUUAAAAAUAAAGAUCCUGAAUAUUUAAAACCAUUAUGUGGUUUGCCUAUAAGCACUUAUUUCAGUGCUUUAAAAAUUAAAUGGCUUAUAGAUAAUGUAGAAGAAGUAAGAGUAGCUAUAAAAGAAAAUAGAUGUCUUUUUGGCACAGUCGACACUUGGCUUAUAUGGAAUUUAACAGGUGGUCCAAAUGGUGGUCAUCAUGUUACAGAUGUUACAAAUGCUUCUAGAACAAUGCUUAUGAAUAUCUCUACUUUAAAAUGGGAUGCUAGGCUGUGUGACUUUUUUGAUGUUCCAUUGUCGAUAUUGCCUCAAAUAUACAGUUCCUCUGAAAUAUAUGGUUACCUCACUGAAAAAGCACUGUUAGGAAUACCAAUCUCUGGAUGUUUAGGAGAUCAACAAUCUGCUCUUGUUGGACAAAUGUGUUUUAAGCAAGGGCAAGCAAAAAACACUUAUGGAACAGGAUGUUUUUUACUGUACAACACUGGAACUUUGAUGGUUCAAUCUAAUCAUGGAUUAUUAACUACGGUAGCUUAUAAAUUAGGAAAAAAUGCUCAUCCUGUAUAUGCAUUAGAAGGCUCAGUGGCCAUAGCAGGGGCAGCUAUGAAAUGGUUGAAAGAUAAUUUAGAGUUUUUUAAAGAUGAAAAAGAAACUAGUAAAUUAGUAGAAAAGUGUCAGGGGUCAAGUGAUUUAUAUUUUGUACCUGCUUUUUCUGGACUUUAUGCUCCUUAUUGGAGAAAAGAUGCUAGAAGUGUUAUUUGUGGGCUUACCGAAGAAACUUCUAAGCAGCAUAUAGUCAAAGCUGCAAUGGAGGCUGCUUGUUACCAAACCAGGGAUAUAUUAGAAGCAAUGAAUAAAGAUUGUGGUAUUCCACUUCAAAAAUUGUUAGUUGACGGAGGGAUGACUGUUAAUAAUUAUAUAAUGCAAUUACAAGCUGACCUAUGUGGAAUACCAGUAGUUCGACCAAUAAUGACAGAAACUACGGCUCUUGGGGCAGCUAUGAUGGCUGGAAUGGCGGAAGGAAUAAAUGUUUGGGACUUGCAGAACACGCCAAAAGUUGUUUGUGAUACCUUUACACCUUCUAUAUCAGAAGACGAAAGAGAUCUGAAGUACAGCAGGUGGAAAAUGGCUAUAGAGAGAAGUUUGAAUUGGGAGCCAGAAUCAAAUGAAGAAAAAAAAAAGAAAACAAAGUUAAAUCCUGUAAUGCCGGCCAUAUACAUGAUGUUUUCCUUAACGAUUUUGCUUUGGGCUAAACACCACAAUUAG